CCAUCAACAGUAUGCUGGCUUUGUCAUUGUGGAGAAAGGCAGGCGAAAAUGUAAGUUGAUAGAAGUCUAACUCAUUGACCGAUGUAUUCAUUCUGACAUAUCUUGGUACAGUGUAUAUGCUGAACUUGGCCAUGCAAUUCAAAGGCUCAACAAUGACGGCCGGUGACAUCAAGGUUGCGCGCUUCGAUGUUCAGGAUGUCAUUGUGUCCGACAUGGAGAUGUUUGAUGACCAAGAAUUAGGCAUGAUCCUGGUGGACCCUACAGCAGAAGGAAGGACCUACAUUGCCACUGUUGCAUAUCCUGAAAUAGAAUACAGCAAUGUUGAUGUGGAAACGGUUAGGGCAACCUCAGCAACACGCGCUACGGAGAACCUUGUGCUGAAUAGAUACAUGGAACUAAAAGACAUGGAAAAUGUCAUUCUUGGAAGCAAUGGUAGACAGCGCCGCAGAAUACUGAGCGUCGUGGAUGAUAGUGGAAAAAUAUUAGUUCUGGAAAUGGAUGAGGGUGAAGCUGAUGAUGCUGACGAGGAUGAUGACGAACAGAUAGGCAACGACGACUAGAGCCAACGGUGUCAAACUGCACGUAUUGAAAAUCUCCAUUUACUUAUUAGACUGCUUAGAAAAUACGUAAUAGCUUCAAAAGAAAUGACCAUAGGCAUGAAGGUCGUUCAUGCCGUGUUUAAUAUACAUACUGUAUCAUCAUCACAUUCUAUAUCGCGGACGUAGCGUGCCCUUAUGAGUCAAAACGUAUUUUCUGAACAAUAAUAACAACGAUCAAGCUAUUAUCAUCGAACAACAUCAACACA